AUGUCGCAGGAAGCCCAAAAUGGCUCCGGCUCUCAGAGUCCUGCUGACAUUACCCAACAACCUCUCUCCCAGCCCGCCCAUAGUCUCUCCUUCGAAGACGUCAUCAGCGAACUGCAAACCAAUUCCGAGGAUGGUCUCACAUCUGCAGAGGUCAAGCAACGCAUUGAGAAAUAUGGCGAGAAUGUACUUGAAGGAGACGAGGGCGUCUCCUUGGCGAAGAUUGUCAUUCGACAGAUCGCCAAUGCCAUGAUGCUGGUCCUCAUCAUCGCCAUGGCCGUCAGUUUCGGCAUCCAGUCCUGGAUUGAAGGAGGUUUCAUCGCUGCCGUCAUUGCCCUGAACAUUGUUGUCGGUGUCUACCAAGACUACGCCGCAGAGAAGACCAUGGAUUCGCUGCGAUCGCUUAGCUCGCCUACAGGUGUAGUCUCUCGCGACGGCAAGACAUCAACCGUCCCAGCAAAUGAAAUCGUCCCCGGUGACAUGGUCGAAUUGAAAGUAGGAGACACUGUUCCUGCUGAUGUCAGACUUGUUGAAGCAUUUAACUUCGAAACCGACGAAGCACUGCUAACCGGCGAAUCCCUCCCGGUCCAGAAAGAAGCAGAGGUCACCUUCGAUGUCGAUACCGGCCCAGGCGACAGACUGAACAUCGCCUACAGCUCGUCAACCGUGACCCGAGGACGCGCUCGUGGUGUCGUUGUGGGAACCGGAAUGAGAACCGAGAUUGGAGCUAUCGCUCAAGCUCUCCGUGGUACCGACUCGAAGCGUCGCCCUGUUAAGCGCGGACCUGAAGGCGAAACAAAGAAGAGAUGGUAUAUCCAGGCUUGGACAUUGACGACCACCGAUGCUAUUGGCCGGUUCUUGGGUACCAAUGUUGGUACUCCUUUACAACGGAAACUGUCAAAACUAGCGCUUCUGCUCUUUGCUAUUGCUGUUGUUUUUGCGAUUGUCGUUGCUGCGUCGAACAACUGGCGCGGUGAUAGCGAGGUUAUCAUUUAUGCGGUCGCCACUGGUUUGGCUAUGAUUCCGGCCUGUUUGGUGGUUGUGUUAACAAUCACUAUGGCCGUUGGAACGAAACAGAUGGUCCAGCGCCAUGUCAUUGUCCGGAAGCUGGAUUCCCUAGAGGCACUCGGUGCUGUCACCAAUAUCUGCUCAGAUAAGACUGGUACUCUGACCCAAGGCCGUAUGGUCGCAAAGAGGGCUUGGAUUCCAUCCCUAGGGACUUACUCAGUUGGUGCUUCGAAUGAACCUCUCAACCCCGAAGAGGGUGAGCUAAGCUUGAUGGCCGAGCCCCCGAUCAAAGUGGGCGCGGAUAAUUUGGGCGAUGUAGCCUCGCCAGACGACCUAUUGGACGACAAUGAUACACUCAAGGACUUUCUCAACGUCGCUGCCAUGGCUAACCUGGCCCAUCUCCACCGAACUGCCACUGAGGGAUGGCAGGCUCGUGGUGAACCUACAGACAUUGCCAUUCAAGUUUUCGCCUCUCGGUUCAACUGGGGUCUAGAUCGUUGGACCAAGGGUGACAAGCCGACCUGGCACCAACAGGCGGAGUAUCCAUUCGACUCGAGCGUGAAGAAAAUGUCCGUUAUUUUCUCAAAGCGCGACGACAACUCAGAGAAGACUCGCGAAAUGAUCUUCACCAAGGGCGCCGUCGAGCGAGUUCUCGAGGCGUGCACCACUAUCAAAUGGAAGCCUGAUUCUGACCCAGUUCCUAUUGAGGACGAAAUGCGCAAUGAAAUCUUACAGAACAUGGAGGCUUUGGCUAAAGAGGGUCUUCGUGUGCUCGCUAUGGCCGGCCUCGAGAAGGACUUGUCAUUCUACGGCUUGAUCGGUCUCUACGAUCCUCCUCGUCCGGAGACGGCUGGGGCCAUUGACCUUUGCUACAAAGCUGGAAUCUCUGUGCACAUGGUUACCGGUGACCACCCCGGUACUGCGCGUGCUAUCGCAGCACAAGUUGGAAUCAUUCCUGCCAAUAUGGAUAUGGUCGCUAAGGAUGUUGCUGAUGCUAUGGUCAUGACGGCUUCCCAGUUUGACAAAUUGACCGAAGACGAGAUUGAUGCACUCCCACUCUUCCAUUGGUUAUUGCUCGCUGCGCACCUAAUACGAAAGUGCCGGGCUGAUGUCGGUAUUGCCAUGGGUCAGAAUGGCUCUGAUGUGGCUAAAGAUGCUUCCGAACUGGUGCUGUCCGAUGAUAACUUUGCUUCCAUAAUCAACGGUAUUGAGGAAGGUCGUCGCAUUUUCGAUAACAUCCAGAAAUUCGUUCUACAUCUUCUUGCGGAAAAUGUCGCUUUGGCUUUGACCCUGCUUAUUGGAUUGGCCUUUAAGGAUAAAAGUGAGCAGUCUGUCUUCCCCAUUUCCCCUGUUGAGAUCAUCUGGAUUAUCAUGAUUACCUCUGGUCUCCCUGAUAUGGGCCUGGGAAUGGAGAUCGCUGCUCCAGAAGUGAUGGACCGGCCACCGCAAAGCAAACAAGGUAUCUUCACCUGGGAAAUCAUUAUCGACACUCUUGUCUACGGAGUCUGGAUGGCCGCCCUCUGUCUGUCAGCAUUCGCUCUCGUCAUGUUCCGUUUUGGGAACGGGGACCUUGCGCAGGGGUGCAAUACCCAUUAUAAUGACCCUAAUACGCCCUACAAUUGCGACACAGUCUUCCGUGCUCGUGCCACUACCUUCACCUGCAUGACCUGGUUCGCCCUCUUCCUCGCCUGGGAGAUGAUGCACCUGCGCCGCAGCUUCUUCCAGAUGCAGCCCAACUCAAAGAGACGUUAUACCCAGUGGAUGCAUGAUAUCUGGCGCAACAAGUUCCUCUUCUUUGGUAUCAUGACUGGUUUCGUUCUCGCAUUCCCGAUUAUCUACAUCCCUGUUAUCAACCACAGUGUCUUCAAGCAUAGCAGUAUCUCCUGGGAGUGGGCUAUUGUCUUUGUUGAGACGGUGCUUUUCUUCGCUGGCAUUGAGAGCUGGAAGUGGUGCAAGCGUGUUUACUUCCGUCGCCAGGACCGCAAGGCUGCGGCUCGGGGUGAUCAUCCUGGUGAGCGUCGGGACAUGAGAGAUUUCAGUCGCUAUACUACUAUGGACCGCUCGGAUACUCAGGCUAGUGAAAUGAAGGUGGAGCAAUCUAUGGUGUAG